UAUUAUUAUUGUUGCUGUUGUUGUUGUUUUUGUUUUGUAAAGUUGAUAGAAAAUACCAGCAAUAUAGACAAAAAAAAAACAUAUGCAAAACAAAGUCAAGUUUGAUUUUAUGGAAUGUCAACAGGUUUGCUUUUUCUAUAAAUAAUGGCACCAGUAACACUAUUCAUCUCACAGUAUUGUGUCUAUGGUUGGUAUUUAGCGGAACCAGAAGUCAAGAGACAACCACAAUGCUGGAAACAGAAUCAACAGCAGAACCGUCAGCAUCUACAGCUACACCUGUACUAACAACAAUUUCAUCAAUAACAGAAUUACCUAUUAACACUGUAUCCACAACACAAGCUGAAACAACACAAUUAACUUUAGCAGAAUUAACAGCAUUUACAACUACACUGGUUCCGAGCACUGUAUAUAUGACAUCAGCAACUACAGCUACAACUGUACCAACAAUAGAAAUAACUAUUAUCACUGAAUAUGGAAAACAGACUGCAACAACCACAGAAUCAGCAUCAACAGAAUCAACUGAAGUAAUAACUACUUUAGUUCCAAGCAUGCUAACUGAAUCAACAACUAUAGGGGAAAUUCAAUUAACUACACCUACAAUGAUACCAUCAACUACAAUACUAACAGAAGUGACUACUACCACUGUAUCCACAACACAAGUUACAACAACCACUGAACCAACAACAGAACUGACAUCAUCUGAAUUGACAACUACUAUGGGUCCACACUCAACAACUCAAGCCUCAGCAACUACAGAUGAAACACCAACAACUGUAUCAACAACAAUUUCAACAGCAAUAACAGAAUUAUUAAUUAACACUGUAUCUACAACACAAACUGGAACAACUGAAUCAGCUACAGCAGAAUCAACAGAAUUUAUAACUACACUGGUUCCAAGCACUGUAUAUAAGACAUCAGCAACUACAGAGGAGACACCAACAACAGCAGCUACAACUGGACCAACAACAGAAAUGUCCACUACCACUGGAUAUAAUCAACCAGUUGAAACAGCUGCAGAAACAGCAACAACAGAAUCAAUUAAAAUAUCUACUUUAGUUCCAAACACAAUAACUGAAUCAACAACAACUAGAGCGGAAACUCCAUUAACUACAUCUACAACGAUACCAUCAACUACAAUACUAGCAGAAGUGACUAUAAUCACUGAAUCCACAACACAAGCUACAACAACCACAAAACCAACAACCACAGAUUUGACACAAAGAGAACUAACUGAAUCUACAACUAUUGUGGGCCCAGACACAACAACUCCAGCCUCAGCAACUACAAAGGGAACACCAAUAACUACAGUUACACCUGUAAUAAUAACACAAGCUGAAACAACAGAAUCAACUACAUCAGAAUUAACUUCAUUUACAACAACAGUGAUUCCAAGCACUGCAUAUAAGACAUCAGCGUCUACAAAGGAGACACCAACAACUACAGCUGCAACUGUACCAACAACAGAAAUGACUACAACCACUGAAUAUAAUAAACAGGCUGCCGAAUCAACUGGAUUAACAACUAUUUUAUUUCCAAGCACAAUAACUGAAUCAAAAACAACAAGAGAGGAUUCUCUAUUAACUACAUCUACAACUAUACCAUCAAGUACAAUACUGACAAAAAUUACUACUAUCACUGUAUCCACAACACAGGCUACCACAACCACAGAACCAACAACCUCAGAUUUGACACCAAGUGUAUUAACUAAAUCUACAACUAUUCUGGGCCCAGACACAACAACUCCAGCCUCAGCAACUACAGAGGGAACACCAGCAACUACAGCUACACCUGUAAUUAUAACACAAGCAAAAACAAUAGAAUCAACUGCAGCAGAAUUAACAGCAUUAACAACUACACUGAUUCCAAGCACUCUAUAUAAGACAUCAGCAACUACAGAGGACACACCAACAACUACAGCUACAAUUGUACCAACAACAGAAAUGUCCACUACCACUGGAUAUAAUCAACCAAAUGAAACAGCUGCAGAAAGAGCAACAACAGAAUCAAUUAAAAUAACAUCUACUUUAGUUCCAAACACAAUAACUGAAUCAACAACAACUAGAGCGGAAACUCCAUUAACUACAUCUACAACGAUACCAUCAACUACAAUACUAGCAGAAGUGACUAUAAUCACUGAAUCCACAACACAAGCUACAACAACCACAGAACCAACAACCUCAGAUUUGACACAAAGAGAACUAACUGAAUCUACAACUAUUGUGGGCCCAGACACAACAACUCCAGCCUCAGCAACUACAAAGGAAACUCCAAUAACUACAGCUACACCUGUAAUAAUAACACAAGCUGAAACAACAGAAUCAACUACAUCAGAAUUAACUGCAUUUACAACUAUACUAAUUCCAAGCACUGUAUAUAAGACAUCAGCAACUACAGAGGAGACACCAACAACUACAACCACUGGAUAUAAUAAACAGGCUGCCGAAUCAACUGAAUUAACAACUAUUUUAUUUCCAAGCACAAUAACUGAAUCAACAACAAUGAGAGAGGAUUCUCUAUUAACUACAUCUACAACUAUACCAUCAAGUACAAUACUGACAAAAAUUACUACUAUCACUGUAUCCACAACACAGGCUACCACAACCACAGAACCAACAACCUCAGAUUUGACACCAAGUGUAUUAACUAAAUCUACAACUAUUCUGGGCCCAGACACAACAACUCCAGCCUCAGCAACUACAGAGGAACACCAGCAACUACAGCUACACCUGUAA